AUGGUGACACCCUCUUUAGAGUCUGAAUCCUCCCCUAAAGGUCUGGUCCUCGUGAUGGUAUUUUUCUGCAUCCUCCUCUUUGUGAUGGUGACAGCUUCAGCUGCCGCUCCUCUCGACACUCCUCAAGAUCUCAGCGGUAAAAUGUUGGUCUUUUCUCAAGGAACCAGACUUAAUCAUGUGAAGCUGUUUUCAGACAAAGAGGAUCUGGCUGCGAUUACAGUCUGCCUCAGGUUUUUUACAGAUCUCCAAAGACCUUACUAUCUUUUCAAUCUGGCUUCAUCUUCCUUGUUCCACAACUUCCGUAUCUUCACCAAUCCUGAAACCAAUGAGAUUAUGGUUGGUACCAAGGAGAUGUUUACAGGAUUCCCAGGUCAGGACUACAAGAUAAACACGUGGCACUCUCUCUGCGCCACGUGGGAUGCUGCCUCUGGACUGGAGCAGAUGUGGUUAAAUGGAAAACCCUCCGUCAGGAAAUACAUCAGCAACUCAAACAUCGCAGGCUCUCUUAGAAUCAGUAUAGGACAGGAGCAUGAUUUUACACUCAGUCCAAAUCCAGAGCUGUCAUUUGUUGGAAUGAUGUCUGACAUCCACAUGUGGGACUAUGUUAUCUCACCCUGCGAGAUCCAGCGUUACACAGAAGAAUUACGUUUCACUCCAGGAAAUGCGCUCAACUGGGGAUCAAUGCCUAUUUUCAUCCUUGGUCGAGUUGUGGUAGAAAAUAAGCAGUCAUUAAACUGUCCAUAA